AUGGAAGCCAAGACGAACAGAGGCAGGCAAAAGACUGAGAUGAAGACGAUAGAAAAGGAAGAUGAUCGUCUAGUUGUCUUUUCGAAACGCCGAUCAGGAAUAUACAAAAAGGCUACUGAGUUAGGGGCGUUAUGCGGUGCACAAGUAGGCAUUCUAGUGUUUUCGCCAAUGGGAAAACCUCAUUCCUUCGGUAAUCCCUCUAUUGAUUAUGUAUUGAACCGGUUUUUACAUAACCAGCAGGAGCCUAUUCUCGAGGCCUACCGGCAGGAAAAAAUACUCCAGACCAUCGAGAACUAUAAUGAGUUGGUAGAGCACCUUGACGUAGUGAAAGAGUGCCGCAAGGCGCUCCGACAAUUGGAAGAACAAAGGGGAAGCGGCGAACAGAAAGUCUGGUGGCAAGCUCCUAUAAAGGAUCUUGACUUGCAAGGACUCAAGCAAAUGCAUGAUUCCUUUAAGCGUGUCGCGGAUCAUGUAAGCAGUAAUCUCAGGCUCACACAAGGCAGUCGCUUUGACAACGGUACUGCCUCCACUUCUGCAGCAGCCGUAUCCAAUCCCAAUCCCAAUCCCAAUCAAUCUCAUUAA